AAAGAAAGCACAUAGGAGCUGACAUCUUAGUCAGAUUUGUCUCAUAACACCUUCCUCUAUAAAAGCAGCCACCCAACCAUUUCUCCAGUAACGACGCCACUUCAGCAAAAUACACACGCUCUCUCUCUCUUCUCUUAGAAUGGACAAACCCAUGACUGAGCCAUGGCGCCCGGACUUGGCUCUUUUCCGUCCUCCGGAGACUCCAAGUGAACCCAUGGAGUUCCUAUCUCGUUCGUGGAGUGUGUCGGCCUUUGAGGUUUCAAAAGCCCUUGCGCCGCCACAAAUGGUUCUUGCUAAGACCAUGAGUGGUUGUACUAUACAGGAGGACAUUGCUGGAGAGUUAGAGGAGAGUGCUACUGUAUCUGGGAACCCAUUUUCUUUUGCUUCCUCUGAGACCUCUCAAAUGGUCAUGGAAAGAAUCAUGUCACAGUCGCAGGAGGUGUCCCCACGCACUUCGGGCAGGCUCUCACACAGCAGCGGCCCUCUUAAUGGUUCCUUAACCGACAGCCCUCCUGUCUCUCCGUCCGAGAUAGACGACGUUAAGUAUUCCCGUCCAAAUAAUAACGUUAACACCCAGUUUCGUACGCCCUCUGUAACGCCUGGUGCUGCCAUUAGUGCCGUCGGAGGUGGUGGUGGUGGUAAGACUGUUGGUAGGUGGUUGAAGGACAGGAGAGAGAAGAAAAAGGAGGAGGCCAGGGCCCAAAAUGCCCAGCUUAACGCUGCUAUCUCUGUAGCUGGCGUCGCUGCAGCUGUUGCAGCUAUUGCUGCAGCUACCGCAGCUUCUUCUGGGAAUGGGAAGGAUGAGCAAAUGGCGAAGACUGAUAUGGCGGUGGCGUCUGCUGCCACAUUGGUUGCAGCCCAGUGCGUGGAGGCUGCGGAGGCCAUGGGGGCGGAACGCGACCACCUAGCUUCCGUUGUAAAUUCUGCUGUAAAUGUGCGGUCUCCGGGCGAUAUAAUGACAUUGACAGCCGCUGCAGCGACGGCUUUACGUGGGGCGGCAACGUUGAAGGCCAGGGCAUUGAAGGAGGUGUGGAACAUAGCAGCAGUUAUUCCUGUGGAUAAAGGAUUAGGUUUUGGAAGCGGAAAUGGUAGUUCUAAUGGCAGUUUCAGUGGUGAACUUGUGCCUGAAGAAAAUUUCCUGGGCAUCUGUAGUAGGGAAUUGCUAGCCAGAGGCUGUGAACUCCUCAAGCGAACUCGUAAAGGUGAUCUUCACUGGAAAAUAGUUUCUGUUUAUAUCAACAGAACGAAUCAGGUUAUGUUGAAGAUGAAGAGCAGACACGUUGCUGGGACCAUAACCAAAAAGAAAAAGAAUGUGGUGUUGGAGGUGAUCAAAGAUAUUCCUGCCUGGUCGGGACGCCACUUGCUCGUGGGCGGCGAGAAUAGGCGAUAUUUCGGAUUGAAAACUAUAUUGCGGGGCGUUGUCGAGUUCGAGUGCCCGAAUGAGAAGGAAUAUGAUAUGUGGACUCAGGGUGUGUCGAGGCUUCUGGCCAUAGCAGAAGAGAAGAACAAUAGACAUAGAAUUUAACUUCCAUAUGAGGGGCAAAAGCUUGGGAAUUGGGAAAGGGAAUACUGGGAUAACUGGUGUAAAUAUAUGGCCCUUUUGAACGUCAAUGUUUAUAGUGUUGGUUGGGCUAUAUAUAUAUAAAUAUAUAUUUGUUUUGUUCCUAUAUUUUGUGGAGGAGGAAAAAUGAUAGAUUUUAGUUAUAUUCAUAUUAGGGCAUCUCUUUUUGUUUAGUGGAGUGGGAAUGUGUUUUUGUUUUUGAACUGGAAAAGUAUGGCGGUUUGAAUCAAAGAAAAGCAGGAACCAUGUUAUGAAAGCAA